AUGGAUACUACAAGUUUCAAUCAUGCAAUCUUUGAACGUAAAGUUGGAUUACUUAUUGGAAAUCAAAAUUAUCGUGCACACGAAGAUCAACUUUUUCAUACGAUCAAUGAUGUCAAUGAUAUUAGUCAUACUUUACGAACGAUGAAUUUUCAUGUGAGAAAACAUUAUGAUUUAUGUAAUUCAGAAAUGAAGAAUGUUUUUUCUGAGUUUUCAAAAACAAUACGCAAUGGCGAUUUGAUUAUAUUCUAUUUUUCUGGUCAUGGUUGUGAAAUGAAUGGAAAGAAUUAUUUAUUACCGAUUGAUGAUGAAUUGAUUGCAAAGGAACAAGAUUGUUGUCGAUUACCAUAUUCCCACCGACAUAGAAAAAGACGAAAUAACGUUAAAUACGAAAAUAAUGCUUCAGAAGAUACAAAAGUACCAAAAGGUACAUAUGUUGUAUUCGCUUGUAGUCAAUAUCAAAUUGCUUCGGAUGGUUUAUUGAUUGAAAGAAAUGGAUUGUAUGCGAAACAUUUAUUGAAACAUCUGACAAAACCAAAUAAAGAUUUACGACAAUUAUUCCGAAGUGUAAACAAUGGUGUUUGUAUUGAAAGUAAACAAAGGCAAAAACCAACACGUUAUGAUGGUCUAAUCGAUUUUGAACCAAUUUAUUUAAUUGAUAGGCCAUUAAAUUCAAAUGAUGGCAAAAAGAAAACGAAGGUCGAAGAAGGAUUACUUGUAAAAUAA